AUGCUCGAGUUUCCAUCCUCCAGCCUCGGCCCAGUAUCAGAGCUGGCGACUGCCAUUUUCGUCUGCAUGCCAAUUAGCUUGAUAGCAUGGAUUUAUGACAUUGGAAAACAUGAGAAACUGCACGCUCCAAUGGUCAUUCUUGCGUUUGGUUUAUCGGUUUUUUUCUGGGUUGAGUUUGCGGCUCCAGUGGAGAUCUAUCUCUUCGUUAUAUUCCCCUGGAUGUUAUUAGCGGGGCUAUUGAUUAGCAGAAUACAUGAUGCGGUUUGGAAGAUAGGAGAUCUGUCGGUACCGGAGGAGAAAAGAGGCAGCGAUUAUAUACUGAAGGCUUGCGGCUCAGUGGGGAAUUAUCAGUGUAGCAUGGCGGCGGAUUCAUGCCAACGUGCUGGGGCGUAA